GCAAUAGGUUGAUAAAAUCUUGAAAAUGUCUAGAGGAUGUUUAAUUAGUUGUCUCAACAUCAUAUGUUUGAUGAGGAAGAAGCAGAGUAAGAAGCAACAACACAAUCCUGUGAAAACAGAGGAUGUGGUUGAGCCAGUAGGAGUCAAAGAUGCUGAAGAAGAAGCCCUGGACAGGAAGACAAACGUCAUGGGAUCACCGGGAUACAGAAAAUCUGAAUAUAUGUAUAUUAGCGACAUUAUUUAUGAAAAACUUGGGGAAGGUGAUUCUUCUUUAUCCUUGAAAAAUGAUUUCAACAAAGUGAAGAGCUUUGAUUUACGAGGAGUGACAAAAACAGAGGAGAACUAAGGAACAAGAUGGGACUUGAGUAUUGAGAUGUAAAGUUCAUCAUGGUUAAAAUUUUAGCUCUAGAUUGCUUUCUUUCUCAGUAUUAUUUUAAUUUAUAAUCUUGUAUUGAGCCACUGGUCUCUACUUUUUCCUAUGCGAGAUGUAAGCUAUGUCAGACUUAGUUAAAGGUGUUUUAAGAUAUAGAACAAAAUUAAAGUGUUUAGAAUGCAUCA